GGGACGUCCCAAGGAUCCCGGAUUGCACUGACCAAGCAAGAAUCAGGCUGCUGUUAGUUGCUGCAUUGACAACUGAAAAGCAUCGUGUCAGAUGGACAUAUUGGGAUAAUCUCCAGUAGCUAUCUGUCUCGGCUACAAAGCUUUCUUCAGAUGUACUCGCACCCCGGAAGUCAUCUUUAAUCUUCAAGGAUCAAAUGGAAAAAGCCAAGAACAAGUGUGUCCACACUGAGGUGUAAAUGUAUGGGCAUCAGAGAGCCCAGUAUGAAGAAGACAGGCAGGCCGGUGGGGACUAAGGCUCAGAGUGGAGAGAGGGUGAAGACUGAAGGCACUGCUACAGGAACCACUGGCAAGGCUGCAGCCAAGACCACCACAACGGCACCACUGUCAAAGGUUAAAAGCAAUGAUGAUCUGCUAGCAGCAAUGGCAGGGGGAACUCCAGCUACGAACCGCACUGUGACCAAGAAUAAGAGGACUGCCUCCACAGGGAACUGCAAUGGUAACCCAGACAGUAAACCAAAGACUAGCACAGGUUCCUCAGCCAAACGUGUGACGUCCUCGACCUCCAAGGAGCCCAACUCAUCAAGGGAUCGUCUGCGGACAUCCAGAACAUUGCCUAGUAAGAAGCAGUCAUCAGGGGCAGGGCAGGGAGAUGUGGCCCAGGGAAAGCGCUCUCGCAGCCAGCAGCUAACAGAGUCAGAGGGCCGCAUGAACAAGUCUAAAUCAGACAGCCAGAUCAGUGACAAGGUGGCCCUGGAGGCCAAGGUGGAGGACUUGCUGGGUUUGGCCAAGAGCAAAGACGUGGAGAUCCUGCACCUACGCAGUGAGCUGAGAGAUAUGAGGGCUCAGCUGGGCCUGGGACGGGAAGAGGUGCCCCCAGAGGAGGGAGAAGGCGGAAGGGGGGAUGAGAAGCCCCUGGAGAGGGAGGUGUCGGCCAUCACAGCAGCGGACGUGGAGUCCACGCUGCUCCUCCUGCAGGAGCAGAACCAUGCCAUCCGUGAGGAACUGAACCUGUUGAAGAGUGAGAACCGCAUGCUGAAGGACCGACUCAAUGCGCUUGGCUUCUCCCUGGAGCAGAGGCUGGAUGGCUCUGACAAGCUCUUUAACUACGCCUCCCUGAGCCCAGACCUGGCUGCCAGCAGCAGACACAGCGAUGGCAGGUGCACUGGUACCCUCACUUCCUCUGUGGAGGGCUCUGCUCCGGGCUCCCUGGAGGACCUGCUGACGGACCAACAGCACGGAGGUUCAUUGGACAACUUGGACAGUGAGUCCAGCGAGGUCUACCAGGGUGUCACAUCCAGCGACGACGCCCUGGACGCCCCCUCCGGAGCCUCCUCCUCCUCCGAGUCUGAGAGCCUGCCCAGCCGAGAACGCUCAUGCCGGGGCAGCAGCGGAAACGCCAGCGAGGUGUCUUUGGCCUGCCUGACAGAGCGAAUCCACCAAAUGGAGGAGAACCAGCACAGCACGGCCGAGGAGCUGCAGGCCACACUACAGGAGCUGGCUGACCUGCAGCAGAUCACCCAGGAGCUGAAUGGAGAGAACGAGAGGCUAGGGGAAGAGAAGGUAAUCCUCAUGGACUCUCUGUGUCAGCAGAGCGACAAGCUGGAGCACUACGGCCGGCAGAUUGAGUACUUCCGCUCUCUGCUGGACGAUCACCACGUGUCCUACGUCCUGGAGGAGGACAUCAAGAGCGGCCGCUACAUGGAGCUGGAGCAGCGCUACGUGGACCUGGCCGACAACACCCGCUUCGACAGGGAGCAGCUACUGGGGGUGCAGCAGCACCUCAGCAACACACUGAAGAUGGCUGAGCAGGACAACGCCGAGGCCCAGGAGUUGAUCGGCGCUCUGAAGGAGAGAAACCACCACAUGGAGCGCAUCAUGGAGUCAGAGAGGCAGGACCGGGGGGCCAUGGUGGCAGCGCUGGAGGAGUACAAGGCGGCGGUGAGCAGUGACCAGGUAGAGCUGAGCCGCUGCAGGGCCCAGCUGGACCAGGAGAGGCAGAAGGUGGCUGAGCUCUACUCCAUCCACAACUCUGGAGACAAGAGUGACAUCUGCCAGCUACUGGAGGGUGUUCGGCUGGACAAGGAGGAGGCAGAGGGCAGGGCUGCCAAACUGCAGGAGGACCUUGGCCACGCCUGCAGUGAUGUCACCAGGUUGCAGGACACCCUCAAUAAGCUGGAUGGGGAGUACCAGGACUUCCAGGAACAGGUACAGAAGCAGAUGGCUGAGCAGAAGCGUGGGCUGGAGAAACAGCGCGUUGAGCUGCUGGAGAAGGAGACUGAGAUCGGGGACAUGAAGGAGACCAUAUUUGAGCUGGAGGAUGAGGUGGAGCAGCACCGAGCAGUCAAACUCCACGACAACCUCGUCAUCACAGACCUGGAGAACUCUGUGAAAAAACUACAGGACCAGAAGCAUGACAUGGAGCGGGAGAUGAAGAUCCUCCACCGGAGGCUGAGGGAAGAGUCGGCAGAGUGGCGUCAGUUCCAGGCUGAUCUGCAGACGGCCGUGGUCAUCGCUAAUGACAUCAAGUCGGAAGCACAGGAGGAGAUUGGGGAUAUGCGUCACCGUCUCCGCGAGGCCCAGGAGAAGAACGAGAAGCUGGGCAAGGAGCUGGAGGAAGUCAAGAACCGCAAGCAGGAUGAGGAGAGGGGCAGGGUGUAUAACUACAUGAAUGCAGUGGAGAGAGAUCUGGCUGCACUGAGGCAGGGUAUGGGCCUGAGCCGUCGCUCCUCUACCUCCUCAGAGCCCUCUCCCACUGUCAAAACCCUCAUCAAGAGCUUCGACAAUGCCUCCUCACAAGGUACCCCAACCUGCGAGUGCCUAGUCCCCCCGACCGCUGCCCCUGCUGUCACAUUACCACGCACUCCCCUGAGUCCCAGCCCCAUGAAGACCCCUCCUGCAGCCGCCAUCACACCCAUGCAGAGACAGUCCAUAACUGGGUCCAUCUCAGCAGCCAAACCCCUAUCCUCUCUGAAUGACAAAAGGCCCAGCUACACAGACAUCAGCAUGCCAGCAGAGCAUCAUCUUAGGGGCUCCUCUGCCAGCCGCCCUGCCUCUGCUCUGCAGAGGGUCUCAAACAUGGAAUCAUCUAAGGCCAUGGCCAUAUCAGUGUCCCGCAGGAGCAGUGAGGAGAUGAAGAGGGACAUCUCUGCCCCUGAGGGUGGCACCUCGUCCUCUCUGAUGACCAUGGGCUCUGCUUCCUCCCUGUCCUCCUCCUCUCCCACCGCCUCCGUCACCCCCACUGCACGCAGCCGCCUCCGAGAGGAGCGGAAGGACCCCCUCUCAGCGCUGGCCCGGGAGUAUGGGGGUUCCAAGAGGAACGCACUGCUCAAGUGGUGUCAGAAGAAGACUGAGGGGUACCAGAACAUCGACAUAACAAACUUCAGCAGCAGCUGGAACGACGGCCUUGCGUUCUGUGCUGUGCUACACACCUACCUGCCUGCUCACAUCCCCUACCAGGAGCUCACGAGCCAGGACAAGAGGCAAAAUUUCACACUAGCCUUCCAGGCUGCAGAGAGUGUGGGGAUCAAGUCCACUCUGGACCUCAAUGAGAUGGCCAGUACUGAGAGACCAGACUGGCAGAGUGUGAUGACCUACGUCACGGCCAUCUACAAGUACUUUGAGACCUGAUGUGAUUUCCCCACCCAACACUGCAAGCACAACCUGCAGCCCUGCUCGGAAGCUCCUCUGACCUCACUGCACUUCCAACACUUCAACUCGACAUUCAACUCUGGUGUUAUAGCUCACUUCACUGAACCACCCCUCAUCCCAGCCGUGCCACACUCCGGCCACUGUCUCUGGUCUAGAGGCCUGCUAGUUUUGAAUCACCAUAAGAAACAUACAAAUAAGCUCACUGCAAGCUAUUCAUGAUAUGGCUAUUGUGAACAGUCUUGCCCUUUUCACUGACACCUUAUGUGUGAUGGACACACAGCUUAAGGCCACUUCAAGCACCUAUUCAGGGCCUGCUCUGUUGGGGAUUCUAUUUUUACUCUGAUCCGUUACUGGAUAACCCGGUUGAGAUGACCCUUAAUCCAAAUGAUCUGGUUAAACCAGUUGGAGAACAUGCUACAGACUAUCCCAGUCGCUGUGCCUUGCACCCAGCCUUUACUCUUCUAGCCAAGGGGUUAUCCAAAAUGUUUCAGCCAAACCAUACCCAUUGUGUGUAGUAUGUUCAUGGCACUUAUUUUCUAUGGAAAUAACAGGGACAAAUGGAACACUUUGUCAGGUGCAGGUUCAUCUUUUGUCAUGGAUUAAGUGCCUGUUUAAAUCGCAUCACUGACUUCCUAAGAGAGGUUGUAGCAAAAAUGUCUCAAUGAAACUGUUUCAAUGCUCCGUGCUUUCAAAGCAUCUUUGGAGAAAUCGAAGUGAAGCUUUUUAGAAACACUAGUUAUUGAGCAGUUGUAUGAAAAACACUAGUUAUUGAGCAGUUGUAUGAAAAACACUAGUUAUUGAGCAGUUGUAUGAAAAACACUAGUUAUUGAGCAGUUGUAUGAAAAACACUAGCUACAUCAUAAGGGAUAAAGCUGUCAGGUGCUCUCACGAUCACCUGUUAGAUUCAAGCUACAAUGUUGAUGUGCUUUUGGUCUGUUUUUAGGAGCGUGAACAUUGCUACAGUAGCAUUUUGUAUUGGUAACAGAGACCAAUGAACUUUACGGGACCAACACAAUGCCUCUCUGUGACAGCUUUCUCACAUAGAACUGUCUUAAUCCUGAACCAAAAAAAGGAAUGUGUUUUUUCUUUAUGUGAAGUCUAGGGCUAGACUUGGCAAAAGCCCUGGUUCUUGGUGAUUUGAUUGGACUGUUUGGACAGGAUGUUGAGUCUCAAGGUUAAACAUUCUUCAUAGUCACUUUUGUUGUUGUCAUCAAUCAAGAUUGGUAAAGUUUUUCAAUUGCAAAAUGCAUCAGUUUUGCUGCUGGACCCAAAUGUAUUAACAUAUUGUUAGUGUUGACACAUUACUUCCACCAACAGCAGACUGAUUUGCAUUCCAUACAUUGAACUCCCUGGAUUGUUCACAGUCCAGUGCUCUUGAACUAUAAGAUUGAUGUUAUUAGAUACUCUGAGCUCAACUCACAAUGGAUUUAACUAAUUGUGUGUGUGUGUGUGUGUGUGUGUGUAAACAAACUUUUUGUAAGUUGAUAUAUUCCAUCUUGCCAGUAACAUUUACCUAGCCUACAAAGAAAUGCUUAAGUAACACCUAUGUAAAUUAUAUAUCUGCGCUAUCUUCACCAAAUUUACUUAAUUGAUAUAAAGCCUUACUAACAUUAAUGUGGAACUCAAUUCUAUGUAGUUUACAUAGUUGGCAAGAAAGAUAUUGGAAUGAAGAAUGACUGUCAUGUUAUUGUGCCUCUGCUUAUUAGUUUCUGUGGGUUUAUUAGUGUGGUUUAAUCCAUCAUCCAGUAUAGCGAGGCAAGUGUUAGAAAUGUUAAAGGACAUUAUAUAUACAAAAGUAUGUGGAUACCCCUUCAAAUGAGUGGAUUCGGCUAUUUCGGCCACACCCGUUGCUGGCAGGUGUAUGGAAUCAAGCACACAGCCAUGCAAUCUCCAUAGACAAACAUUG